AACCCAAUUCCCCUUAUCGCAAUGCCGCGGGCGCCAACCGCGCGCAAUGCGCCUCCCCGAGGUGGAGGUCAUGGUGGAGGUCGAGGUCGCAAUGGAUCGAGGGGACGAGGAAAUGCGCGGGGACGAAGCAACAGUCGCGGAGGACAUCGCAACGAGCCUUACCCUCGAGAGCCUGUUCCCCUGCCAGUGCGAUCCAACGAUGCGCAGCGCCCGGAUAGGAUCAAUUCCCACGCCGAGCUCGAGCAGGCGUACCGACGGGACGAGCAAGAUUACCGACGAGACGAGCGCUUCUACGCACGAGACGAGCAAGCUUACCGCCGGGACGAACAAGCCUACAGGCGCGACGGGGUUGACUACAGGCGUGAUGAGGUCGACUACAGGCGCGAUGAGGUUGACUACAGGCGCGAUGAGGUUGACUACAGGCGCGAUGAGGACGACUACAGGCGCGGUGGGGACGACUACAGGCGCGGCGGGGAUGGCUACAGGCGUGGCGAGGAAUACUACAGGCGGGACGAGCAAGCUUAUAGGCGUGACGACCGUGAAGAGCGAGGCGCGACCCGUCAAGGUCUGAGGAGCUCUAGUGAUCGAGGACGGAACGAUGGAGGACGAGGCAAUUCGCUAGAUCCGCGCGCAAGGCACCAGCAGGCCGACCAGUAUCGCCCCGGUACCAGCGAUAGUCGGGCCAGCGGCAGUUUCAACACCGAGAACGACUUGCGAAGCGAUGCGCGUCGAGUAAUUGAUCCCGACGGAAUCGGACCAGACAAUGAACCACGGGUGGGCCAGAGGCAGCGUUGGCCGGUCGAGCGACCAUACAAUCUGGGAGCUAUGGGCCGUUAUGGAAUUGAUAUUCCUCUUGACCAGGAUCUUAAUCCCUUAACAUCAAACCUUCGGGAGUCAGGCCGUCAAGAGAGCUCCCGUCGGACGCCAUCUCGCCAAUAUUCAGCGCUUCAAGACCAAGAUCGUCAAGACCAAGAUCUUCAAGAUUACCCUCGUCAAGAUCGCCCUCGUCAGGAUAACCCUCGUCAAGAUCGCACUCGUCAAGAUAACCCUCGUCAAGGUCGAAACCGUCAAGGUCAGAACCGUCAAGAUCUCAAUAACCAAGAGUCAGAUGGUCAAGGACCCGGUCGUCAGGAUCGUCAGGAUCGUCAAGAUGAUCGUCAAGAGUCAAUUCCCAACAAGAAGAAGAAGAAGGGCAAGCGAGGAAAUAAGAAGGGCAAAAAGGCAGCGGCGCAGGCGGCGCAGAACUGA